ACCCUGAAGUCAAAGCCAGUCUCGAAGGAACGCAGGGCUCCAGUGCAUCCGAGCAUCUCUAUCCCCAAAGGGGAGGGGUCUGGGUUUUGUUCUCAGUGUGGCCCAGGAGGAGACAGAUGGUCUGAGAAGAGAAAGCAGUGCCCAGAGAACAUGCAUACCCGCAAGUCUAUCUCGGAUGAUUAAAUGGCAGUGGAUAAAUUUAACUAACUCCCAGCUCCCACUAGGAGGCAGGGCACCUCUGCCUCUGCAGGGCAAGCACGCGAGGAUAGCUGGGAAUCGUAGUUUCUGGGCCAGCGGACGGGCUGGCGCGAGGAUCAUUGUGCGCAGUCGCACUUGUGGCUCUGCGCCCGCCGCUGUGGCCAUUGUCCGGCCCUGUUGUUGCAGAGCCGCACCGCCGAGAACAAGAAACUGCAGCGGGCGCUAGAGGGGCGGACCUGAGGUCGCGGAUUCCGAAGCCCCGGAGGCAGACUCCGAGUGCCUUGGCCCUGGACCAUAGCCAGCACACACUGAGGCUGGAAUGGCCCCGAGACCUCCGACGGCCACGCCCCAGGAGUCAGUGACAUUCAAAGAUGUGGCUGUGAACUUCACCCAGGAAGAAUGGCAUCACGUGGAGCCUGCCCAGAGGAGCUUAUAUAGGGAUGUCAUGCUGGAGAACUACAGCCACCUGGUUUCGCUCGGGUAUCAAGUCUCCAAGCCAGAGGUGAUCUUCAAAUUGGAGCAAGGGGAAGAACCAUGGAUGUCAGAGAGAGAAAUCCAAAGAUCUUUCUGUCCAGACUGGAAGACCAGGCCUGACAUCAAAGCACGGAGUCCUCAGCAGGGCAUAUCUGAAGUAUCCCACAGUAUAGAUGUUUUGUCACAUGCAACAUUAGAAGAUAUCUGGAAUGUCAAUAUCCAGAGGCACCAGGAAAAUUGGAGAAGACAUCUGGGGCCAGAGGCAUCUUCCCAGAAGAAAAUAACCGCUCUAGAGAAAAAAAUUGAGCAAAAUAAAUUUGGUGAAGACUCUAGUUCGAGCACAGACUUGGUUCCACAACUGGCUAUUUCUUCAAGUAUAAGGCCCAGCGAAUGUAAAACAUUUGGAAAUAAUUUGGAACACAAUUCAGAAUUAGUUACCCAGAGUAGCAUCCUUGCUAAAAAGAAGCCUUACAAAUGUGAUAAAUGUAGGAAAUCAUUUAUUCACAGAUCAUCACUUAAUAAACACAAGAAAAUUCAUCAAGAUGACAUUUAUUCCAAUGGUUCGGAUCAGGGAGUUCAUUCUGGAAGGAAGAAUCACGAGUGCACUGACUGUGGGAAGACCUUCCUCUGGAGAACACAGCUCACUGAGCACCAGAGAAUUCACACUGGGGAAAAACCCUUCGAGUGUAACGUGUGUGGAAAGGCCUUUAGGCACAGCUCGUCCCUUGGUCAGCAUGAAAACGCACAUACAGGAGAGAAACCCUAUCAGUGUAGUCUCUGUGGGAAAGCCUUCCAGCGCAGUUCAUCUCUCGUUCAACACCAGAGAAUCCACACUGGAGAAAAACCCUAUCGAUGCAAUCUCUGUGGGCGGUCAUUCCGACACAGUACAUCCCUGACUCAGCAUGAGGUCACACACAGCGGGGAGAAACCCUUCCAGUGUAAGGAAUGUGGGAAAGCCUUCAGUCGAUGUUCUUCCCUUGUUCAGCAUGAGAGGACCCACACCGGAGAGAAGCCUUUUGAAUGUAGCAUAUGCGGGAGGGCUUUCGGUCAGAGCCCAUCCCUUUAUAAGCACAUGAGGAUUCAUAAAAGAAGCAAACCGUACCAAAGUAGCAACUUCAGCAUUGCUUUUGAGCCUAGCAUUGCUCUUACUCAAGGCGAAAGUGCGCUUGCUGAAGUAAAGUCGUACCAUUGCAAUGACUGUGGGAAAGACUUCGGUCACAUCACAGACUUCACUGAACACCAGAGCAUCCACCACGCCGUAGAGAAUCCCUACGACCCUGAACAGGCCCUUUACCAGCAGUCCGUGUCUCACCCCCGAGAGAAACCCUAUCAGUGUAACGUAUGCGGAAAAGCUUUUAAAAGGAGUACAAGUUUUAUAGAACAUCACAGGAUUCAUACUGGGGAAAAGCCCUAUGAAUGUAAUGAGUGUGGAGAAGCCUUCAGUCGACUCUCGUCACUUACGCAACAUGAGAGAACCCACACGGGAGAGAAACCGUAUGAAUGCAUCGACUGCGGGAAAGCCUUCAGUCAAAGCUCAUCCCUUAUUCAGCACGAGAGAACUCAUACCGGAGAGAAACCCUAUGAAUGUAACGAGUGUGGGCGUGCCUUUAGAAAGAAAACCAAUCUGCAUGAUCAUCAGCGAAUUCAUACUGGAGAGAAACCCUAUGAGUGUAAGGAAUGCGGGAAAACCUUCAGCCGGAGCUCAGCCCUUACUAAACACCACAGAAUUCAUGCACGGAAUAAACUAUAGGAAAACUGAACAAUGGGAUGGGUAGGAAGCACUGUCUAAAAUUUGGUUCCAAGUCAGUUUCAGAGGAUUCUGAAAGCCUGAGAAUGUAAUUAUGUGUUUGAACACUGUGUAUGGAGAAAACUGCCACUAGAAAAAACAUUUUUUUUAAAUAAAAGCCAUUCUUUCAUACCUAAUUAUGGGCUUCUUGUAGAAAUACAUACGGCAUAUGUGGUAGUUUGGAAAUAAUGUGACCUUACUAAAGCUUUUGAAUAUAUGUGUGCAGAAUCACCAAGUUUCGACAGCUUGAUAUAUAAAUCCUAUUGUUCACAACCUUUAAAGAAAGAAAACUCAGUAUGGCCAAAGCUCAUUUUAAACAUCAUUGACAGUUUCAUUUGACUGAAACUCUUCUGUGAAACUUGAAACUGUAGAAAUCAGUUUGUUUCCCAGAGUCAACACUCAGAGAAUUAGAACAACCAGUCCAACCACCUAAAUGUACAGACGGUUGCACAGUAGGCCCUAACCCACGAUAGUGUUUGCACAGUAGGCUCUGACCUGUCAUAGCAAAACUGAAAGGAGAAAGUUUGUUCUCUGGUUCUUUGGCCUCAUACCAUGGCUAGAAAAAGUGUAUUUUGAAGUUCAGAGGGCUUUAAAGUAAAUUUUUAAUAUAGAUUCCCAAACAUGUUGUGACAUUUUGGAGAACCUGAAGACAUAAUAAGCAACAAUAUGGAAAUUUAUCAUAAAUGUAAGGCCACUUAGUAGAAGCUUACAAAAGAUUGGCAGAAACUGAAAUCAGUGGGACAUGGACACACACACACACUUCCCAGCUGUAAUUGUAUCUUCGGCUGAUGUUCAGUUUAUUGGCUUUUCAAGACACCCCAUGAAGAGACUUUGCUCGAUGCCCUCUCCAGUGCUUCCCCAUACCCCUCCUCUUUCUGUCUCUAUCGAGAUCUCUCCUCUCCUCCCUCCCUCUCUUCCUCUUCCUCUCUCUCUACCCCACUCCCAAGUCAGUUUGACUGUAGAGAAGUAUAAAAACCUAAUUACCCACAGCCAUAAACUUUCUCUUUGAUUCCAUUUAUGGAAACAGCAUGUUUUGCCUUUUUUGUGUGCAAAGAAACUACUCUGCCGUUUCAAACCCCAUUUUAACUCAGUUGCUUUUCCGUUAGCGACCCAUAAGAAGAGCUCCCUCUGUGCCUACCCAGAGGGAGUUCCAGAACAUUCUCCUUUUUUGGCUCAUUUAACAACAGUGCAAAUGAACUUGGAGUCACUGUGAGCAUCGAUCCCUUUCACACAUUAUACCAAAGUCCUCCAGCCUCUUACGAUGAGUUCCAGGAAGCGAUGCUGAUUGUUGGGAGUGGGGCUAAUUGGUGAAACUUUCCAAUUACCAUUUUGCAUACUGGAUGACAAGAUUCCUAACCUUUCUUAACCUUAUGGUAUGAGG